AUGAAUGCAAAUGAACAUACAAAUUGUGAUAUCACGAUAAAGAGUGGUCAAGAUAAAUCGACAGAAUCUACAGAUAACAGAUCCGUUCAUGAUGCAGUUGGCAAGAAAAAUGCAACGAGUCCCGAACACGAAGACAAUGGUGAGCACAGUGACGUGCAAGGUGCGCAAGUUAGAGAAGUGGACUACAUGGAAUAUUGUGUUGUUUCCAGGAAAGAUGAAGAGGCAGUUGAAAUAACCAGUAUGGCGCCUCUACGAGACACGGGAGGGAUGCUGGUAUGCGACCACUGUAACGGCGAGGUGAAGCUUCUAGAUCGUGCCUUCCGCCAGACACACAAGUAUUGCAGCGUGUUCAAGCCGUGGGGAGCGGCGGUACUUGACGAGGAGUUCAUAGUAGUCACCUUCCCAUUUGUCAGACUGAUGCAGUACUUCAAGUUUCAAGACGGCUGUAAGAAACUGGCGCCGUGGUUCCCGAUCAAGUCUCAGAACGAGUAUUACGGGGUGACUGGGAACAAGCAGCGUAUAGUGGCGGUGUGUCGACAUGAUGGCGAGAACAUGUCCGACACACCGGGCGUGCACAUCAUGGCGCGAGGGGGCAUCGUGCUACACUUCGUCAGGAAGGACUCGCAGGGAAGGCAAUUGUUUGUUAAUCCAGACCACAUCGCACUGAACAAGUCUACAAAACUCGUGUAUGUGUCAGACUCGGGCACUCACAGUGUCGUCUGCCUCAACCUGGAAGGCGAGCUCGUGCGAACUUUCAGUGCGCCGGAGUUAAGUCCCCGCGGAGUCACAGUCGACCAGGCGAACGGCAAUAUCUACGUGUGUGAAUGUAACUCCGAAAGUGUGCUGCGAUUGAACUGUGACUUACUGGUUGUUGAAAAAUUGAAACUAAAAGGUGACACUCUCUACGGCAACCCGAUCACAGACGCGCACCUGAUGAUGAUGCAGUCUGCCCUCUAUCAUCACCCCAGACUGGUUUGCCUCGAUCUCGGGGACUGUCACCUUGGCGACCAGGGGCUGGGUAUCUUGGCCGGUAUGCUGAAAGAUACACGGGAGAGACAUGGUCUACGUGAGCUCAUUCUCAGCCACAACACGCGCAUCACUUGCGAUGGCUGGAGACGGCUCGCAAUGUCACUGGCUUCCGGCUCAAGCCUCCGCACUCUGCACGUGGACUUCAACGUCAUCGGUGACGCAUGUGCGGCGAGCCUAGUUACGGCGUUGCCAGGGGCGACGUGUCUCGAAACGCUCGAUAUGGAGUGUACGGGAAUCACCGAUUUCAGCGGACAGCUAUUGCUUCGUUUACUGCAGCACUUUAAACUGAAACUGAAAGAAAUAAAUAUCGAGAAAAACCCGAAUAUCCUGGAGACAACAAAAGUGUUACUUAAAAGUCAAUUGAAUCACAUGACGAAAGCUGACGAUGACGUAAGUAAUUGUGUCAUAGGAUCCGAUGACGAGGACCGAUCUCUGACCACAUCCGAACCUCCGCUAGAAAACGCAUUUCAAGACUACGCACGUCGGCCUUCCUUUAACGUCAUUUACGUCAAUGAAGAAGAAUGCGGCGACGACUGUAACGUUAGCUUAGAAGACGACGACGUCAGUGAGGGGGCGGAUGAAACGAAUCGUUCGACGUUGUCAAUGAAUCGCCUAUCGGAGAUCAGUCAGUACGAACAACCGUCGCAGGACAGAAAGAAACGCAGGACAUUGGAGAACCUGAAGAAAUACGGUAAUGAAAUAGGAGAGUACGAAAAUACCACUGAUGUCGUCUACACAGCCACCGCAAGCGUGACGUCCCCGUCUGAAUGUAGUCGUGUAUUCCUGACAACGACAACGGACAGAUCAAGACCAACAUCGGCGCCAACUCGUAGACUGCACUGCAAAGAAUUGAAGUGCGACUACUCGAAUCUGAAAAGCUCCUCUCAGAAUAGUUUAAAUCAAAACCAGCUAGAGGCAAGAAGGGUGUCCGCGAAAAUGAGCGGAGAGUUGGCGUCGCAAAUACGCGUAAAGGCUGAAAUUGCGUCCGUGGCGGAAGUUUUUGACGCACGCAGCGAUGUGGCUGAGACCACGCUGCAAACGAAUUUCGCGACCAAGUCGUAUGGGGGAGUGGAUGACGAGAUGACAAUCGAAGAUGUGUGAAGAUUUAUUUAACACAGCACAUGCAGUAAAGGGACAAGGUGAAAGUUUGGUUUGUUUUUCUCAUUUGGAUGGUAUGCGGAAUU